AUGGCCAAGAUGAAGCAGAAGGGAAAGUCGGGCGCGGCAAAAAACUACGUGACCCGUAACCAGGCCAUCAAGAAGCUCCAGGUAACCCUCGCCGACUUCCGCCGUCUUUGCAUCCUCAAAGGCAUCUUCCCACGCCAGCCAAAGAGCGUUCGAAAGGCCAACAAGGGCUCGACUGCGCCCACCACCUUCUUCUUCGCCAAGGAUAUCGCCUACCUUCAGCACGAGCCCGUGCUUCAAUCACUGCGUGAGCACAAGACUUUCGCCAAGAAGCUCUCGCGUGCAAUUGGGCGAAGGGAGUGGGCUGCCGCCAAGAAUCUUGACGAGAGCAAGCCAACCUACCGUCUGGACCACAUCAUCAAGGAGCGAUACCCCACCUUCCGCGACUCGCUCAAGGACAUUGACGACGCCCUUUCGCUCCUGACACUCUUUGCAAACCUUCCGGCUACCGACAAGGUCUCUGCGGAUGUGAUUGCCACCUGCUCGCGCCUGUGCGCCGAGUGGCAGCUGUACGUCAUGAAGACCAAAGCCCUAAAAAAGGUCUUCCUCAGCAUCAAGGGUAUCUACUUCCAAGCCGAAGUCAACGGCGAGACCAUCACUUGGCUCGUACCUUACCUCUUCACCCAGCACAUUCCUUCCGACAUCGACUUCCGCAUCAUGUACACCUUCCUCGAGCUCUACCAGACCCUGCUUGGAUUCGUCUUGUUCAAGCUCUACACCGACGAGAACCUCGUGUACCCGCCCAAAUUCGAUGCGGCAAAGGACGAGCAGGCCGCCGGCUUCGGUGCGCUCAGCCUGGACCCGACUAGCGCUGCAGUGCUUCGCGGCGAGAACACUGUAGCAAACUCGUCCCGCAGCAACGGGGAGGCAGUAGCAUCCUCCUCUUCCGCCGUCGUCACCGCUUCGGGCAAGAAGGUCUCGGCCAAGGACGUCAAGAAGCAGAUCAAAGCCAUCUCGAAAUCGGGCAACAUCGCCACAGAUGCCGAGGAAGACGACGAGACGGUUGAUGCGCUGGCACAGGCAGCAGAAGAGGAGCAAGACAAGUUCGUCGAGCAGCCUUCCAAAGCCACCGAAGAGCAGGAAUUGGCAGGUACCUUGACGACCUUCGACGAAAUCCAAGCGGCCUCGGCGGCGAGUGAGGGUGCAGCUCACGGGCUCUUCACACCGUAUGUCUUCUACAUCUCACGUGAAUGCCCACGGGCUGUGAUCGAGUUCGUUCUGAGAUCAUUUGGCGCUUUGCCAGGACGUAUCGGAUGGGACAUGGUAGCUGGUGCAGGCAGCGCGUUGGACGAGGACGACGCCAGGAUCACGCACCACAUUAUCGACCGGCCUGUGCCAGCAGGCGGUAUGAAGAGAUACGCGGGCAAGCGCGUGUUCGUGCAGCCUCAGUACAUCGUCGACUGCGCCAACGCGAGGAAGCUGCUCCCUGCUGGAGCAUACGGCCCUGGCCAGACGUUGCCACCACAUCUGAGUCCCUUCGUGGACGACGCCGAGGUGGCACGCCGAGGCGGCUACGUUCCCGAGGAGGCGAGGGAGCAGCUCGGACUCGAGGCCGAUGCCGCCGCGGUGGCUUCGGACGACGACGACGACGAAGACUCGGAAGAGGAGCUCGAAGCUGACCAGGACGUGGACGAGGACGACGACGAGGAGGAGACCGAGGAGGCUGCCACCGCGACUUCACGACCGGCACUCGCAGCACUUCUGGCUGACCCCACCGACGCCGCCGACGCCGGUCUGCUCGAUGCAGCCGAGCUCGAAGCCGAAGCCGCCGGAGGCGAAGACGCAUUGGAAGACAUGCGCCGUAAGCACACGGCCGCGCUCAAACAGACCAAAAAGACGAGCAAAGCGUCGAGUGCGCCGAAGCGCAAGACGGAGGAGCAAGAGGCCAAGGAGAUGUCCAAGAUGAUGAUGAGCAACCGACAGCGCAAGCUGUACGAGAAGCUCAACUACUCGUCGGGCAAGCGCGCCGAAGAGACGGCCAAAUUGCAGCAGAAGAAGAAGGCGCUCAACAAGAAAGCCGUCAAGGGCAGGAGGUGA